AUGUUGCUGUGGAACCAGAGCAUCCAUGGUGUGGCCGCGGAGUCACACCACACCAAGGCCAGCAUCAGGCCCACUUUGUGCCAGACAGUGGAUGCAGGCAUCUACCUGUGCAAUCAUCCGAAACAUCUUCGGGAUACCAACUCGGCAGAGCUCUUCAUGCAGGGAGGAAACAGACGGUGGGCCAGUCCAGACGGACAACCACUGCCCAGGCUCAACCGGUCAGAGCAGAACUUCGACGGCUACAACAAGCAGAUCGACCUGGAGGGGAGGCAGCGAAACAACUUGGCCCCAAACAGCCCAGAAGAAGAUGGCAGCCCGGAGGGUGCGAUACAAACGAGGGAAGCAGAACAUCGCCAGAUCCUUGACUACUUUGCAAUACUACAUCAAGGACCAGCCUACACACCGGUUGUUCUCAGCCGUCCAGUUUGCAUUACGGAGACGGAGGUCGCUAUGAGUGCACCUUCGCCGUUGUGGAAACUGGCCAGCGAAGAGGCUGUCCCGGUGUUGACCCGGCAGUUCAACUUCCACUUGACAGCAAGCACCACGUCGCUUCCCAUACACUGGUGUAGCUCUGAGCUCGUCCUCUUGCCCAAACCUGGCAAGAACCUGUGUCAUCCGGAUCAGUUGCGACCCAUCAACCUCUUGCCGAUUCAGGCCAAAUUGCUGGGCUCCAUCCUUGCGAACCGCCUGCUGGAGUAUGCCACCGAGUAUUUGGCUGUACGAAGUCUCGUGGAAGCCCAACAUCAUGCCCCUCACACCAGAAGGCAAGGCAAAGUGUCCAUGGCUGUCGCAGGAGGAUGCGGAUUGGCUCCACUCCUUUGGACAAUCUAUCUUGGUUGGAUCCUCAAAGGGCUUCACAGAGACCUUGCUCUCGGCGACUCAUUGGUGAACACGACUUAUGCAGACGACCUUCACUAUAGUUGGGUUGUAACUUCGGGCAGGGCUUUGGAGGCGGCCUAUGCGGCGAUGAAGGGCAUCCUAGGUGGACUUUGCGAUCGAGGGCUGAAUCUAAGUAUGGAUAAAACGGUGGUCUUGAUGUCCUUGGGUGGGCCACAAGCCAGGGCUUGCAUCAAUCGCUACACCGUACAGCAUCCGGAUACCAAGCUCCAGAUCGGAUAUGGCAGAUUUGAGCAACAAACCUUUGCUCAUAGACUCCAGUUGGCCAAACAUACCAACACCAGACUGGCACCCACGCUCAAGUGUCGUGGUCUACCAUGCAAGCUACGGCUGAGGCUAUGGCAGCGCACGGUCAUCCCCACCAUGAUCCAUGGUCUCGACUGCAUUGGGCUACCAAGCAAGGAAGCAGAGCUGUUGUGGGUUCACUUCUUCAAACAGUCGCGUUCAUUGCCAAGUCGCACAGCAUGUUCACCCGAGAAUCGAACCAGGCUUUUGCCCAGCGACUAUGUCUACCCGACCCGAUCAAGAGGCUCCUCGAAUGCAUCGCCCGGCGAGAGAAGAUGGACCAAUUUCACCCUAGCCCCUUGCUUGAAGGCUCCCCGCAGCUGCAGUGGCGCGAGCUGGUGA